AUGGAGAGAGACGACAGCGUCCCGAUGGUCCGGAUCGAGCAGCCCGAGCGCGUGUACGACCGCGAGAAGAUCCUCGGCCGCGACGCCGCGAGCGUGUUCCCUUCGAUGGCGCAGGAGGAGGCGGAAAAGGUCGUCUCCGCGACGCAAGCGAUCGUCGGGUCGAUGAACUUCGUCACGGAGACGGAGCUCAUGGAGAUCAAGGCGAAGCGAGGCGGCGCGCUGCGCCCGGAGGACGGGACGAUGGAGGCGGACAAGACGCUCUGGGCGGUGCUCCAGGAGGCGAAAGACGCGAAGCAGGAGGCGUUCGAGGAGGGGUGGAAGACGAUGAAGCAGGGCGUGUACAAGCCUCUGGACGACGAGGAGGCGGAGUUCAUAGACGAGGUCGAGACGCGGAAGCGAUCGGAAGAGCGACGCGCGGAGGAGAGAGAGAAGAGCGAGGUGGACGCGUUCAAGGCGGCGAGGGAGGCGCAGGUGAUUCGCAAGGCGAAGCCGCCGCCCGCCGCCGCCGCCGCCGGCGGCGUCAAGCGCGCGUCCGAGCUCGCGGGCGGUCUCGGCGCGAGCAAGAAGCCGAGGGCGCCGGGCGGGGUCGUCGUCGUGAAGGCCAAGCCGAAGCUGAGCGUCGUCGCGAAGGGAGAGCCGAAGGCGGCGGCGGCGGAGGCGGAGGCGACGGCGGCGGAGGUGAGACUGCUUCCCAUACGACCCCGUUCGCGUGGUGCACGUCGUUCCUUAAGGACUUUUCCCGUCGUCACUCUUCACCCGCGUUUCCCUUUCAACGUUUGA